AGGCCGAGUCUGACGAAGAACCGGCAGACGACGAGGAGGAAACCGGCAAGAAGCGCAAGAAACCUGCCAGUCAGAGUGCGAAACCGCCAUCGAAGAAGGCUCGAGGCAAGAAGGCCAAAGCAGCUGAGGAGAGCGACAUGGACGAUGAGUGAUUUCUCUCGGUCUAAAUUAUGUCUGUGGUCUUGGACUCUGUUUUCCUCGUUGCUAGUUCUAUGAAUCUUGAUACCAUACGGCUGUCUGUCUGUUUUCUGCUCUCUGCUUAUCGGAACUAUUCACGCUAAACUGUAACGCGCGCGUCUGUGCCGAUCGCGUGACCGUGAAAUUCGUCUCUUCCACCCACUACAUGUAUGCUCAACCGGAUUCCUAAAUUUUGGGACUUACGCCGGUGGCGACGCCCGACCCAUGUGGAGAUGAAGAAAGCGGGGCUUUGGGUUCUCUACGUAGGCGACCUCGUUACUGAGGAAAUAUCUCUCGAUGGUGACUGUUGCACCCUUAGACCGGAAAUGCGGCAGCUCUCCUGCAUCUGGUGUCUAUGAAGUUGUAUAUUGGUCCCAUGUUCGGACCGUCCAUGCUACCUACGUUCGCCAACUCGGGCGACUUCUCUAUGCAAAUCGUGACGAGCGCAAGAAACAUCCGCCGCGGGGACCUCGUCGUUCUCGAGUCACCCAUCACGCCCCGCCGCUUCAUCUGCAAGAGGGUCAUCGGGCUGCCGGGCGACGUCAUCUGCGUUGACCCCACGGGGGAGAAGGCGCCGUCCACCGAGCAUGUCGUCGUGCCGAAGGGGCAUUGGUGGAUCAUGGGGGACAACGCUGCGUACUCCCGAGACUCGAGGGACUAUGGGCCGGUCGCCAUGGGACUGCUCCGGGGGAAAAUAAUCGCUCGGGUCCUGCCUCUUUCAAAAUUCACUAUCUUCAGGAACGAAACCAACUAUAUCGAGUAGAUUACAGCGCGGCGGAUUCGAUGUACGGAGAGGCGGUCGCCGUCAUCUCUGGAAGUUCAUUGAAUAACCCCCUUGACCGUUUGGAACGAACUGGAAGUUGUCGGUGGAGAGUCCGAAGUUCCCUGGGUGACAUAAUCAGCGGAGGAGAGGCCGGGUCUGCAAUCUAGAAGACGUACCCAGAAUGCUAUUCCCGAUUCCCUUCAGCUUGCCCAUCAUCUCGUCCGUCUCUCGCUUCUGUGCUGCUUCAUGCCUGGGCUUUAGCACAGCCUGGCUUCGCUCAAUCUCUUUGAUGAGUGCAGAGGAGGGCGGCAAGAUCUUGAGGAGAGUGGUGUAGUCUAUGCUCGUUGAGACUACGCCAUGUUUCUUCCAAUUCGGAGGAGCCCGUACCUUCCAUCGCAGCAGUGAGCGAACUCCAUGUAUCGAGCGUCUCGUUCGAUGCUGCUCGUCGUUGAAGUGCUUUGACGUAGUUGGGAUCGUCCAGAAGAGCUGGAGAUGGUCGGAUGAGUUUCCAGUGGUAAACGAACGACAUUGCACCGCGGACCUUGCGUGCAAGCGUCGACUACCGCUUUGUGGUCGCCCUGCCUUGCGGUUACGGAUGCAUGUUUGUUGCAGUGCUCGAGGAACGCACGAGCUUCAAGUAGCAGGCUCCGAUGUUGGAGUUUAGCACCGAUCGCGCCUUGGCGUACUCUAGUUCUUCUGGUGUGGGAGGUUCCGGUUGAGUUGGCUCUUGCGUAGUAGGAGGGUCGUUCUCAUCGUCAUCCACGUCGGCGUGUGCGUCUGCUUUCUCCGGCUUCUCUGGUCGUCGUGGUAGAGCCUCCAGCCCCGACUGAUAACAGGAUAAUGCGCUGCUCCAUGCUUUUGCUCGAAAGUGGUCGUUGCCCUGUGUCUUGAAUUCAUCUGCUUGUUGCAGUGCUUGCUGAGCGGUUUCAGAGGAGAUCAGGCGAUUCUGGUGAGCUCACAGAGACUACAUUCACGGGUUCAUCGUUAUCGACCGUGUCGAUGCGAGCCAUUAGAGCAAUCCGGAAAUGAGAGGCGCGCCUGAUGCACGGUCACGUUAGCUAUUGGGCUUCGGCCGUGAUCGGAUCGGCUUGUUCGGACGCCAAUUGAGGCGAGUGUGUUUUUCCUUUGCCCGAGUCACAGUUGACUUUUGCGACCGCAAAGCGGAUUAUCCACACUCUCAUCGGUGCUCUGUUCAAAAGAUCCUGAUAAAUCUCAUCAACUCUCUUAUCUCUAAACAACCGCCAUCUGUCUAUCAGCUGAACGGACCGCUUGGCCAUCCCAUCACACCAACGAAAUGUCUACCUUCGGUACCCUCUUCCGUGUUACGACCUAUGGCGAGAGCCACUGUGCAUCCGUCGGGGCCAUCAUCGACGGGUGCCCACCGGGUCUGGAGCUGAGUGCCGCAGAUAUCCAGCCUCAGAUGACACGCCGACGCCCGGGGCAAAGCGAUCUCACCACGCCUCGCAAUGAGAAGGACGUGGUGCAGCUGCAAUCUGGCCUAGAACACGGUGUGACGCUGGGCACGCCGAUCGCGCUGCUAGUGCGCAAUGAGGACCAGCGACCGCACGACUAUUCAGAGACGGACUUGUACCCCAGGCCGAGUCACGCGGAUUACACCUACCUGGAGAAGUAUGGGGUGAAGGCUAGCAGCGGCGGGGGACGGAGUAGUGCGCGGGAAACCAUAGGCCGCGUUGCCGCCGGUGCCAUCGCUGAAAAGUAUCUGAAAACAGCUUACGGGAUCGAAAUCGUGGCCUUUGUCACUUCCGUUGGAAAGGUGCAGUUGCCACCGAACCUCUCGCCGUGGACCGGUUUCCAGGAUGAGGAGGAUGAUACCGUGGCUGACGUCGUGAAUGCCGAUUUCCACGAAUUGCUGUCGAGCAUCACCCGGGAGAUUGUCGACAAGCAUCCGACGCGCUGCCCCGAUGCCCCCACGGCGGAACGCAUGAAGCAGCGUAUCAUCCGUGCCAAGGACGCCUCCGAUUCAAUAGGCGGGACGGUGACUUGUGUCAUCCGCGGUCUGCCUGCGGGAUUGGGUGAACCUGUCUUCGACAAGUUUGAGGCACUGCUUGCGCAUGCGAUGCUGUCCAUUCCUGCCACAAAAGGGUUCGAGAUAGGCUCGGGAUUCGCCGGAACCUGUAUCCCUGGUUCUCGGCACAAUGACGCCUUCAUCAAGAGGAGCAAUGGAUCGCUGGGCACGCUUUCCAACCGAAGCGGCGGAAUCCAGGGCGGAAUUUCCAAUGCCGAGCCAGUCUACUUCCGGGUCGGCUUCAAGCCACCGGCAACAAUCACCCAGGCGCAGAGCACGGUGCGCUACGAUGGGUCGUCGGGUGAGCUCGCUGCGAGAGGGCGACAUGAUCCGUGUGUCGUCCCGCGCGCGGUGCCCAUCGUCGAAGCGAUGGCGGCGCUGGUCUGCAUGGAUUUGGUGAUGCAGCAGCACGCCCGUACAGGUGCCAUGUCUCUCCUUCCCUCGGUCACAACAUUGCCGCCGACGAUGGUCAUGCCGCAUAAGAAUUCCUGAUCGGUUUAAUACAGUACUCCAAUACCGAGCUGUAACUUGGGUGUAAUAACACGAUAUCGAUCAUGAUGUGAGCGCGGCGAUGGUGUCUAAGUCCACGGUCGGGGCCUUGGCCUUCUUGGUUACGAGCG